AUGGAGUCGUUGGUUCUUCUACAAACCAUAAGAAGAACAUUGCAGAGACCCAAUAGUAUAAGACCGGCCGACAAUAAACCAACGAUAAUUUUAACUAGUAUUGAAAAAUCCCAUUUGGACAAAACCACUAGGGGUAAAGAACAAAGUAAUAGGGCAAUAAGGUUAAUAAUUAUUACACGCGCAACAUACCAGCGACGGUCUUUUCUUCUUCUUUUCUGUCGUGCUUUUUGUUUUGCAGACCUCAAUGCCUCAGGAUCAUCGUCCCAGCUCCUUAAGCUAUCGUCCUCGCUGAACUUUUGUGGUACGGGUUCUACCCUAGACUCGCGUGGUGUUGGCCCUUCUGAUGUCAAGCUUGCCUCAUCCGGAGUUGGCCCUUCUGGUGUCGAGGCUUCUUGUUGCACUGGUAAUUCAUUUGUGUGUUUUGAUGUUUGUGCCAAUAGUGUUGUUUUAGCCGCCGAGGUCUGGACCUCGUCAGCUGAAACAAUGGGUGUUAAGUCCCCCAUGAAAACCUCAACUCCCACUGUUCCUGAUCUCUUUCUUACAGUUUUUGAAGUCAUUUGUCACAGCUCUGUAAUUGAAUUGUUAGAGUGA